AUGGCGCUCUUUGAAUGGCUUGAUGACGAGUUGGUUCGGCUCGUCGUGCGCAGCGUGCCCAGCAGCGCGAGCAUACUCUCCUUCGGCUCCACAUGCCACCGCUUCAACACCAUCUGCAGCGAUACGGCAGACGCCCACGUCUGGUCUGUGCACGCCGAGCGGCUGUCUGUGUCGUUCCAGUGCGGCUGGCAGGAGGCCCCGUACAUCGACAGCGACGUGCCCGCAGAAUGGGCCGAUCCUCGGCGCACCCCGGCCUGGCGGGGGCAGCAGCCUCACGAGCAAUUCACCCGCCUCAUCGAUUACCGCAAGCGAGUGACGGCCAAGUUUGAGGAGGAGGCCGACACGGGCGCGUGCAUCACGAAGCCCUACUUUUGCAGCAUGCUCGCCAACAACCAUUGCACAGAACACGCAGCCGAAGCCUUCUCCGAUGAAGUCAUGCGCGGAGCGCUUUUGUGGUACCUGUGGGAUCGAUUUGAGAGAUGUGGACCUUCCCAUUGCGAUGUGAACGACACGCUUGUGCGCGGCUGGGCUUCAGUGAGCUGGGGCGACACGGUCGUGCGAGAUUCGAUCUUUGACCCCAUUCUCGACGCGCUUGGCUAUGGGCUCAAAGCUCCGCACGAUCCGACGCGCGGCUUUGGACGAGCAUACGAGUUCUUUGGCCAAGCGGGCAUGCUGGGCAACGAGCCUUGGCGCCGCGACCCGCGAUCCAGUGAGGAUGAGUGCGAUGAGUCGCUCAGCGGCUCGGAGGCCGACGGCGAGUACACGGGUACGGGGGUGUUUGUGUUUACGUCAAUGCCGGCCACCGCCGCGGCUCGCGACAGCACGGCUCCUCGCGCGACGCUGCUCUUCAUCCAUCCGCCAAAGACCGGCGGCAGCACCAUCGGCUCGCUGUUCCAGCCGCGCAGGCGGUUGUACGACGUGCUCGCCCGGCCAGAGGUCGCCGGCGGCAGCAUCCUCUACCACGGAGGUCACCGGUCGUCAGCAGAGCUCGCAGCCAAGUGCGAUGUGGAGCAGGAGUGCUGCGCGUGGCUGAUGAGCUUCCGCGAGCCGCUGGCGCGUUUGCGCUCCGCCUUUGCCACCUCUGUCGAGGACCACCAGCACUUCGACUGCCCUCGCGGGAGCCGGCUGCGCCGCUGGCUGCGCCGCGCCGCCCUCUCGCUCGAGAGGUUUGCGCGCUUCCCGGCGGCCGAGCGGCGCGCGUGCGGCCUCAACGUCUACCUCGACCUGCUGGCGCCGCCCCUCGGCCGCCGCGACACCGAGGCGGCGCGGCUGCAGCGCGCCUUGGCGCGCGUGGCGCGGCUGCCUCUCGUCGCGCUGACGGAGGAGUUUUCGCGCUCGCUGGCGCUGCUCGACGCGGCGCUGGACCUGCGGCUGGGGCACUUCCCCGCGGUCUACACCUACAACCCGCGCGACUCACGUGCGGCGGCCAACCUCUCGGCCCGCGCCGCGCGCGCCCUCUCCUCCGACCUGCGGCCAGACAGGCUGCUCUACGAGGCGGCGGUGCGACGCUUCGCCGCGCUGUGGCGGAGGCAGUUUGGAGGCGAGCCGGCCGACGGCUCGCGCGGCGCGGCAGGCAGCGGGCAGCUCUUUCAGUGCGCGUGGGGGCGCGCGCGCUGCUGGGACAAGCUGUCGACGAGCCACCAGGGCUGGUCCGAGCCGGCGGCCCCGCGAGGGCAGCGGCGCCUCGGCUCCGAGCCUGCCAACCGCUCUUCGGAUGCGGCGGACGCCGGCCGCCUCGAGCCAGGCCCCGGGUGGUGGCCGCUGCUGCGCCGGCAGCCUGCCGCCUCGGGCAGCGGCACGGGAGGCGGGACCGUCCGCACGUGGCCGAUCGGCGCGGCUGAGGCUGGCAAAAUGUCGCUGUUGACUCCCAGCCAGAAGCUGCUGCGUGCACGGCUCAUACGCUACGCCGCCCGCGGCGGCGUUCUCUUCACGUGCGCUGCGUGUGCUGUUCGACCUGCGCUCUCGCCGCUGUACUGCCUCCUGUUCCUGCUCGCGCUCCAGUCUCCGAAGCUGCUCAUGACGGCACUCCAGAGCCGCGGCCGCGACGCGAAACGGGCCCUCGGCACGGUCCUCUGCGUCCUCGGCGCAGUGUGCCUGCUUGUCUGUGCCUACCUCGUCGCCGCCGCCGGCUCCUCAGGAGCGCCGGCCCCGCUGCCGCCAGAGACGUCUCAUCUGGCGGAGGAUGCGGCGGCGGAAGCGGCGCGGUUGGUGUCGGGAGCCGCGGAACUUCGCGCGGGACCGGAAGCCUACUGGUUGGAGGCUCGGAGGAGGGCGGAGCGGCGGCGCGGCGCGGCGCUGCAUCACCUGCUCGAGUGGCUGCGGUGGCUCGCGCGCACGGUGCUCGCGGCGCUGUCGCCGCUGGCGGCGACGAUCGCGAUGCGUCUCUGCACCGGCCUGCUGCACCGCACCGAGAUGCCUAGCUUUGGGCUGCAGUCGCAGGCCGAGUACGAGGAGGAGAGGCAAUCUGACUCUGGCGCGCCGCAGGAGCGGGAGCGAGUGACGCAGUCGGCACUCUCCGAGCUGGGCGCCUCGAUACGGCGGCGCGGCGUGCCGUACGGGCUGUCGGCGCGGGCGAGGGCGCGGCUCGCCGACGUGGCGGACGGCGAGGGGACGGGAGUCACCCGCGCGGAGGCUUUGCGCUGGGUGAGGCACGCUGCCGUGGACGACGAGCGCACCUUUGAGGGCGAGCCCGGAGACGACGCCGCGACGUGGGCAAACCUGCUGCUGGUUCGACGAGUGGCGACUCGCGUGCGGGACGUGACCGCGAGGCGGCGAGCGCUGCUGCCGGCGCUGCAGGCGGUGUCGGAGGCGCUCGAGGCCAUGUGGGCGCUGGUGCUGCCCGGCAUAUAG